GAUAACAGGAAGGUUUACAUUGUUUACAUGGGGAGCCUGCCAAAGGGCAAGGUUUCAACUACAAGCCUUCACACCAGUAUGCUUCAUGAAGUUCUUCCCGGCAAUACUGUUGGAUCAGAUGUUUUGCUCUACAGCUACCACAGGAGCUUCAAUGGCUUCGCUGCAAAAUUGACCAAAGAUGAAGCAGCUAAACUGAGAGGAAAAGAUGGGGUGGUAUCAGUUUUUCUUAGCCAAAGAAAGCAACUUCAUACAUCAAGGUCAUGGGACUUUAUGGGAUUCAACAGAAAAGUGAAAAGAUCGGUUAUCGAAAGCGAUAUCAUAGUCGGAAUGCUUGACACCGGGAUUUGGCCGGAAUCUCAAAGCUUUAAUGAUACUGGAUUCGGUCCGAUUCCGAGAAAAUGGAGAGGAACAUGCCAAAGCUCAACCAAUUUCACUUGCAACAACAAAAUAAUUGGAGCUAGAUAUUACCGAGCUAAUGGAGAUUACAGUCCGUACGACUAUAGAUCGCCGAGAGACUCCGAAGGUCACGGGACUCAUACUUCAUCGACGGCUGCUGGUGGAUUAGUUAGCAAGGCGAGCUUAUACGGGUUAGCCAAAGGAACGGCUCGUGGUGGGGUGCCAUCGGCACGCAUUGCGGUUUACAAGAUUUGUUGGUACGAUGGUUGCUAUGACGAAGACAUUCUUGCAGCGUUUGACGAUGCAAUAGCUGAUGGCGUCGACAUAAUCUCGCUUUCUGUCGGGAGUAUUUUCUGGUCAGAUUAUUUUGAUGAUACGAUUGCUAUCGGAGCUUUCCAUUCGAUGAAAAAUGGUAUCUUGACAUCGAAUUCUGCCGGUAAUAGUGGUCCCAGUCCGUCGUCAAUUACAAACUUUUCGCCUUGGUCUUUAUCGGUGGCUGCAAGUACCAUUGAUAGAAAGUUUGUCACUAAGGUCAAGCUCGGCAAUGGUGUGACCUAUGAGGGAACCUCUAUAAACACAUUCGAUCUGAAGGGAAAAAUGUACCCUUUCAUCGCCGGUGCAGCUGCUCCUAACACGUCGCAAGGUUAUACAUCCGAGGACUCAAGGUAUUGCGGUCCGGGAACAUUGGAUGAAACCUUAGUGAAAGGAAAAAUAGUUUUCUGCGAUUACGACAGCAAUGCUGAUGGUCCAGUCGAAGCCGGUGCCAUCGGUGCUGUGUUCCAGAGUGGCAGGCACAAGGAUUAUGCUUUCGCUUACGGUUUACCUCUUUCGAACUUGAACUUGGAUGACGGAAGAAUUGUUUUCGACUAUGUCAACACAACAGAAAACCCAACUGCAACAAUAUUCAAGACAAAUGUCGAAGAUAAUCAGUUCGCUCCAUUCGUUGUUUCAUUUUCAUCAAGAGGGCCGAACCCUGUCACAGCAGACAUCCUCAAGCCUGAUCUUACAGCACCAGGGGUCGACAUUUUAGCAGCAUGGUCUGAAGCUCUCCCAUUGACAGAAACCGAAGAAGAUACAAGAGUUGUUUCCUACAACAUUAUUUCAGGCACAUCCAUGUCAUGUCCCCAUGCGACCGGUGCAGCCGCUUAUGUUAAAUCAUUUCAUCCAACAUGGUCCCCUGCCGCCAUCAAAUCUGCUUUAAUGACAACAGCUUUUCCAAUGAGUUCCGAGAACAACAUCGAAGCUGAGUUUGCAUACGGUGCAGGCCAUAUAAACCCUGCACUAGCAGCCCGACCCGGAUUGAUAUACGAUGCUGGGGAGAUUGAUUAUGUUAAAUUCUUGUGUGGACAAGGAUAUAGUCCUAAACAAAUCAAGCUCAUAACCGAAAGUAAAACCAAAUGUUCAGAAGUAAUGAAUGAAGCUGUGUGGGAUCUAAACUACCCUUCUUUCGCACUAUCCACAACUCCCGGAGAUUCGGUCACACGAGUCUUUCAUCGGACAGUGACGAACGUUGGCUCGCCAGUGUCGACUUACAAGGCGGUCGUUAAUGCUCCACCAGGACUCAUAAUUCAAGUUCAACCUAGUGUGCUUUCUUUCAAAUCUCUUGGCCAAAAGCAAUCUUUUACUGUGACCAUCGGAGCACAACUCGGGAACUCUAUGGUCUCCGGUUCUUUGAUUUGGGACGACGGAGUGCAUCAAGUGAGGAGCCCUGUCGUGGCUUAUGCUUCCUUACUCGAAUGA